AUGUCUUUCUUUUUAUUACUUCCGUUAAUUCCAACUUUAUCUUCAACUAUUUUUAAACAUUAUACUGAAGGUCCACCUAAAAAAUCUUGGGAUUUAAAGUUUCAUUUAGCAGUGACUUUGCUUAAAAACAACACUCGUUUUUCGACAGUGCCUAUUGAACAGCUUCGAAAGGGAUCAGUAAAUUUUAUUAUUAAAGUUCCUCCUAAUAUAACUGUAAAGGAAGUUAUACUAGAUGAGGAAUAUAGGCGAAAGAGUAUGACGUAUCUAGAAAAAGCUUUGAAACAAUGUGAAGAUGUGUUAGACGAUAAAUGGAAAGAACCAAAUGAUGGAGGAUUACGUGGGGAAUGGAUUAAUGAAACAAAUUGUGAACCUGAUAAUGUGGUUUUAUAUUUACAUGGUGGUGCAUUUCGUUUCGGCUCUUUUAAAAUUGCUAGAAGGUUUACAUUCAAAUUGGCUGAGUCUGCUAAUUCUCGUGUUUUUGCACUUGAUUAUCGCCUUUCGCCAGAAAACCAAUUUCCAGCUGCUCUUUGUGAUUCUAUCGCUGCGUAUCUAUAUCUUAUAAAUCCUGGACCAGAAGCUGGAUUUGAACCGAUCAAUCCUAAAAAAAUUGUAUUAUCUGGCGAGAGUGCAGGUGCCACUUUGGUUUUUGCAAUGCUAUUAUUUUUAAGAGAUGCUGGAUUACCUUUACCAGGGGGUUCUAUUGCAUUGGUUGAUUUAACACAAAGUAUGCCAUCCGCAUGGAGUGCUGAAAUAGACAAAAUAGAUUAUAUACCUUCAAAAUUAGGCCUUUUUGAUCUUGGUCCUUCUUCACCUAUCGUGGAGGAAUAUCUUGCCGAUGCAAAAGCUCUAGUUGAUAAAAUCGCUCUAAAAAAGCCUACAAUCGUUAGUCAUCCCUCUUUUACUGAAGUACCUCGCUUCCAUCCUUAUUGUGCUAAUGAAGCAUUAGCAAUUCCUUAUGUUAGGCAAUCCUAUGCUUGCGGAGUCCUUAGGGAAUUUACCACCUAUUCUAUGCUUGGCGAUGAAAAAUUUCGCGACGAAACUAUCCUAAUUAGUUAUAAAGCAGCAAGUCCUCAUGAAUAUCAACUACCUUCAUAUGCAACUAAAAAUUUUGAAAAGUCACCUUUUAAGAAUCCUACUAAAGUUAUUCUUGAAGUUUAUGAUGAUAUGCCUCAUGCCUGGCACAUGUUAUCGUUUUCCAAACCUUCUAAAACAGCGUUUGAACGUUGUGGAGAUUUUAUAAAACGUGUUACUUCUAUAGAAGAUAACAAUACUUCCAUAAUUGAUCUUGUUAAAGAAGAUGUACUAUCUCCCUCUAUUUCUGUUUCUCCAUCAUUUAUUGCAAUGAGAAUCAAUAAAAAUGGUGAGAUCAGAGAAUUGAAUGAAACUGAUCGGGAUUGUCUAAAAUGGGAUAAAAUUGGCGUAGUGCCUAAAGAA